UUAUUAUCUUUUUGGGAAUUUUUUUUGUUAUAGUUUUUUUCUCUGUUUUCACGAAUUUGGAUCACUCGAAGUCGAAGAAGAUACAAUGGCGUCUCCAUCAUCAGCGAGAAUCUGGUUCCGUAUAGUGAUUCUAAUCGGUUUAAUGGUGGUUCUGUUCUACGUCGGCCGUCCUCUCUACUGGAAGAUCUCCGCCACUAUCCAUGAUAUCCGUCACAACAAGCAAUCAGUCAGAGAAGGUAUAUCGCAGAUCGUACAAGAAGCGCAGAGAUCGGUGGGAUGGUACCACCACGACGAGUCGGAUUCAGGUUUCCGAGAAGGAGGUCACAUCAAGAAAUCAUCUGGAGUUUCUUCUUCUCGGAGGUUUCUCUUCGCCUGAGAGAUCAGUGAUAAAAUUUUCUCCUCUGUACUACUGUGUUCUUUUUGGUUGAGAUGUGAAAAAAGCAAAUAGGAUCUGAUCAUGCUAUGAGUGUGUGUUUGAUCAGAACAUAGUCGGUUAGAUCAAUCAAACAAGUUAUGGUAUUAACGGGUUUUGUUUUUGGCUUGCAGUAACCAAACUGUCUUCUAGCUAGUGUAUGGGAUUUUUUUGCUUUUGAGUUUUGAGUAUUAUUUACAUGAUCUGUUUUAGUUUCUUAUUA